AUGGCCCCAGAAAACCACAGCCAGACGUCUCAGUUUCUCCUCCUGGGAUUCUCCGAAGACGCCGUUUUCCAGCCCCUCACCUUCUGGUGCUUCCUGGCCAUGUAUCUGGUGACAUUUUGGGGCAACCUGCUCAUCGUCCUGGCCAUCCUCAGCGACCCCCACCUGCAUACACCCAUGUACUUCUUCCUCUCCCAGCUGUCCUUCAGCGACUUGUGUUUUGUCUCCACCACCAUCCCCAAGAUGCUACUGAAUAUUCAGACGCACAGCAAGAUAAUAAGCUACGCGGGCUGCCUCAGCCAGAUGUUCUUCUUCAUGGUCUUCGGGGGCCUCGACAACUUCCUGCUGACCGCCAUGGCCUACGACCGCUUCGUGGCCAUCUGCCACCCAUUGCACUACACGGUCAUCAUGAACCCCAAGUUCUGUGGGCUUUUGCUGCUGGCUUCAUGGGUGCUGAGUGUCUUGGAUGCUUUGGUCCACAGUCUUUUGGUUCUGAGAUUGUCCUUCUGCCCCCCCUCGGAGAUCCCUCACUUCUUCUGCGAGCUCAAUCAGCUGCUCCAGAGGGCCUGCUCAGACACCUCCCUCAACGAGAUUGUGGUCUACCUGGCGGCCGGCCUGUUGGGGGUCAUUCCCCUCACCGGCAUCCUCUUCUCCUACAGCAAGAUCGUGUCCUCCGUGCUGCGAAUCUCUUCGGCGGGUGGCAAGUCCAAGGCCUUCUCCACCUGUGGCUCGCACCUCUCUGUGGUCUCCCUAUUCUAUGGUACGGGGUUGGGGGUCUACCUGAGUUCAGAGGCCACCCAGAAUCCCAGGGACACAGCUGUGGCCUCGGUCAUGUACACGGUGGUCACCCCCAUGCUGAACCCCUUCAUCUACAGUCUCAGAAACAAGGACAUAAAGCAAGCCUUGAGAAAACUCUUCCGCUGA